AUGCAAGCCUGCAUACUGUACUGGAAGCGAUGCAGUGUAUGGGCUCCUGUCUGCUUCAUUCCUGUCCAUCUCGGCGUGAGGCAAGGCUUUGAUCGUGGAGUAACGCUGGGAAAUAUCAAGGCCACCGAUCUCGACUCGGUUGAUGAUGAUCUUGUUCAGUCAGGACCUGUUUGUGACGAGGACACUGAAGUCACAGAGAGCUUCGCAUACCUCAGUAGAGUAGUUCAUGACUCUAGGCUGUCAGUCCAGGGAUGCACGAAGUCCCCGCUUGGCUCCUCUUCUGCAGUGCGGGCUCGGGCGGUGCGAAGCUCGGCCGCUGCCUCCGCCUCCACCACGAUCAACCUGGAACUUGAUAGAAUACGAGGUGGGCGUGGACGAGGACGUGGUGGGCGUGGAAGAGGAGGUGGACGUGGGCGCGGACGUGGUGGGCGUCGAGGAGGUGGUAGAUUUUCCCCGAGAUUUAAACGCGAUGUGGGCGAGGACGAAGACGCCCACAACCGGCUGCUGGAGGUCGUCUCCGAGCAGGACGAGAGCGGCUGCGGCAAGCGGCUGGUGUGCGAGCUGGCCGCCGCCGAAGCCGAG